AUGAGCUUGCGGACGCGCGGCCUCAUUGGCCAUGGUAACGGCCAAGGCCUCUGGAGCUGCGCGACCAAGGUCUUGGCCGCGGAGGCCUGGGAAUGCAACACCUCGGCCUUGAUGAUCAAGGAUGGCAUCCCGGUGCAGAUGGCUCCAGAGAUCCGCUGCGGUUGCUCCGGCUCGUUUUCGCGCGGGCUCUGGGGCUUCGUGUCGGUGAUUGCGGAGCAGUUUGCCACCUUUUACUGUGAGCUUGGCAUGAUCGCCCCGAUGCUGAUAGGUCUGGCUGGCUUUGCUCUGCACAGCUUCACCUGCUCGCAAGCGGUCGCACACUUCAAUGUGCUCCAAGCGGAGGAGACGCACAGGCACUUGGUGAUGAUUGGGCAGCAGGCCAGGGUUGUCGUGGACGAAGGCGAGCCGGAGACGAACACAUCUAUGAUUGCAUGGAAUGAGGCACGGCGCGAGACUGCGCCGAAACCCCACGCCACGCUCGGUACGAAUCGGAUGUUCAGCGUGUGA